AUGAGUACUUCUCCUGCAUCCACAAUGUAUACCUUGCCAGGGGUAAUGCAUUACUUGCAAACUGAAUUCACUAGAAAUGAGAGGGAUCGGAUAGGUUGGGAGCUGGAAAGAAGUGAAAUGAAGACUCGCAUUGCACAGCUUGAGGGUGAAAAUAGAUCUUUGAGAUAUGAGUUAGCAAAAAUUAGUGACCUUGAGAACUCUGCUGGAGAAAAUCCAGAUGACGCCUCUAUACAAGAACCGCUGUUGCUGAAAUCGAAGCUUGCGGUUCAGGAAAACGUGAAAGAAAUAGUAUACCUAUUGCGGAGUCCUAAUGUCACAGAACAGCUCCACGGUCUGCGGGAUCCCAAGGAUGCUGUACAUGACCUCGAGGCUAUGAACUUGAACUCAAAAACGCAGCCGGCGCUCUCUCAACAAGGGCUGCAACAAACAAAUUUAAGCUCUCAUAACAAUAGAAACCUCCAACAAGAUCUGGGGGAGUUGCAUUUGCGCAAGGCGCCUGUGGCGUCUUUUACUCCCGAACUCUCACCUAAAGUACAACCUCUUGAAACCAAUAUCGAGGUUCCGCUAGAAGCCGCCUCCGAUCACGGAUCAGAAGUAAACACAAUUAUUGCAGACGAACUCCCCUCUGCAGGUAGAUCUAGAGCAUCGUCGUUGUUUGCGUCUAGUUCCAGCAAUCCUUCUCCGAACAAGGUCUUGCGUUGCAAACGACUCAGAUAUCACCUGGCAGGAAUCGAAAAGUUGGUAGUUUCCCAGUACAACAUGCUUUCAUAUGCUAGAGAUGGUCUCAUGAAACAUUGGAUGAUAGAGCCGAAUUUGAACUGCAAUGACAAACUAACCAAAAGUUUUCAUGGCCUUGCCCCGAUUGUCUUGAGUUUGCAUUGGCUGGAUAAUCAAAGUUUUCUCACGGUAGACAACUUCGGCCUGAAGGUUUGGCAAAUCACAGAAAGUGCGCCAUGUUUUGCGCUCGAUGCAUUCGACGAUGAAUCUGCAGUUAGCUUUCCCGAUAUUCAAAGCGUGGAUUUCAAAAACAAGUGGUUAGUGCUAACGUGUAACAAUGUUAUUCACAUUUGGGAAGUCAUCGUAGACUCAAAGUCUAUCGAUAUUGGCAGCAAGCAUAAGCUAGAAGAUUCAGGACGGAUACUAGAUUCUAUUUUAGGAAUGACUGAGAAGUCGUUGAUAGUCCUCAAGCGAGAGCCAUACAAACUGGUCAUAUAUUCCUUUCAAGGCGAGCUCUUGCAGAGCAUUAGUCUUCAAGAAGAAAUCAACAAGUUCAAAGGAACUAAAGAAGAGAUUGACGAAUCAACUUGUAAGCUGCUUCUCAAUAAGCAAAGCUCAAAGCUAAUGGUUCAGUUAGGGCAAUUUGUGGCAGUAUACUCUUUCGACCGCAAGAAGAUUAUCGUUGCCAAGCAGUUUGAAAUGGUACCUAGAAGCAUCAUAUUCCGCUCCUCUAUUGACUAUGCAGUCUUUGCGUUUGAUGAUGGUACCGUAGAGGUCAGAAAUAUAAACAAAUUUCAAACGAUCCUAAAGACAUACAAUCAUUACGAUGAUGAGACGGAAUAUGAAGAUGAGAGUAGCUCCAGAAUUUGUGAGACCAUAAAAGGGGAUGAAGAUAAAGCUCUCAGCGAAAUGCGGCAGAACGCGCAUAAGGGCAUAGUAGUCGACGUGGCGGAAAUCGAUUUGACCACCGUAAUAAUCUCUGGAGGGGACGACGGUAUGAUUAGAUUUGAAAGAGCUGUUGAAUGUGUCUAG